CGGUGCAUCUCAGCAGCCAUGUCGUCCGCAGCCACCACCGCUCCUCCCGAAUAUUCCUGCUUCUUCGCCGUCAUGGGUGCCUCGGCUGCCAUGAUCUUCAGCGCAUUGGGAGCUGCCUAUGGCACAGCGAAGAGCGGCACAGGCAUUGCAGCCAUGUCUGUUAUGCGGCCAGAGCUGAUCAUGAAGUCAAUCAUUCCUGUUGUCAUGGCGGGUAUUAUAGCAAUCUACGGCUUGGUAGUGGCAGUCCUUAUUGCCAAUUCCAUCACAGUUGGAAUUACACUGUACAAGAGCUUCCUUCAGCUGGGCGCUGGUCUGAGCGUAGGCCUCAGCGGGCUGGCUGCCGGCUUCGCCAUCGGCAUUGUGGGUGACGCAGGCGUACGGGGGACAGCACAACAGCCUAGGUUAUUUGUGGGCAUGAUCCUGAUCUUGAUCUUUGCUGAAGUCUUGGGUCUCUAUGGCCUCAUUGUUGCCCUUAUCCUUUCCACAAAGUAAAAUUAAAAAAUCAGAGUAUGAUGUGUUUAAAAAAAAAGUUGAAAAAACAAACAAAACUAAUCUCCAGAAUGAAAAUGGUCUCUCCACAAUGUGUACAGUUGUCAUCAGUUUGGUAGUUGAUCUCUUGUAAAUGCGCAAUGUAUGUUAGUGACUCGUCUGUCUUGUGUGUACUUCAAUAUUAAACAGAAUGAGCUGCCUCAAGCCCUCUAGGCAAGGCUUGGGGAAGCACAUGUGCAAUUUUCCAUCCAUUCUGCCAUUAGAGUACUUUAUGUAUAAAUAUGAACUAGAAAUGGUAACUUUUUUCUCUUCACUGGAUGUUUUAUUUAUAAGACUUGACAUGUUCAUACAUAUGGAGCAAGAGUUUUCAAUUUCCCAUGCUUAUAUAUAUUAAUCUCAUAUAUAGGUAGAUUAAUACACUGUGGGGUUAAUUGUAAGUGCAGAGAAAUCCUUGGAUGUAAUUUGAAUUUCAAAAGAUUGCUGUCGUGUCCUGGUAUUGGAGUGUGAGACUGUUUGUGUUUAUACAAAUAACAGCAAAAUGUCAGACACUCCUGUGUUCCCAGUAGUAAAAAUAAAAAUAAAAAAUCUGUAUGCUCCGGCAUCAAAGUUGUGCACCCAGUGUUGGGUUUCGCAGUUAUACGUUUCCAGAUAAUAAAAUUUCCUCCACUACAUCAUUGUAAA